AUGUCGAGAUAUUGUCAAACGAACAUAUUUAUAUUAAUUGGAAAUACAUUGCACGAAGACAAUCAAAAAAGACAAUUACAACAUCAACGAAUUAGUCCUAAUCCAGAUGUUCAAGCAAAUCUAGCCACUGGAAAUUAUAAUCCAUUAGCAUGUCAUGAUACUCAACAACCAUUUUCGUCGACAAAUAAAAGCAAUUCUGUGGCAACUAACCCGAUGCAUUCUCCAGGUACAAAGUCAGGCUCCGUAGCAGCUAAACCUGGUGCCGGAAAUUCCAAUUCCCUACCUGGUCAUCAAUCGGGUCGAUUAAAAAUGCCAACUUACAAUCUUCACGAACAACAAGGAUUAAAUCUCUCCGAUAACUUGCAUACGACUGGUGCCAGUGGUGAUCAUGAUACCAAUACAUUUUCAUCGUCAUCAUUAUCACGCAAAAAGAAUCUUUCCACAUCGGAUCUUGAUCCAACAGAGCGCAAGAAGCAAGCAGCAUUGGCGAAAGUUGAAGCGAAAUUGGAAAAAGCGCAACGUCUACAUGAACAAGCUCGGCAGGGUGUAGAGCAAGAAGUCGCGGAUUUUCUUCGUGCAACAACGAUGCCGAAUACGAAUGCAGAAGGAACUGCUGCUCGUACAGUAAAUGCAUCAUUCGACAAACGUAUUCGUACUUUACAAGAUACGAAAAAAGAAUUAGAAAAGAAAAUUUCCAACUAUCAAUCGGACAUUUCACGUAUUCAAGCCGGAGAUAUUCCAUAUAAUUACACAUCAUCAAAAGACAUCUUUAGUAAUAUUAAAAGUACAGCAGCUAAAGUUGCUGGAGGAAGUCUCAAAUAUCGCUCUUCACAAAGUUCCGAUCAACCGACGGCAACAGCAAGUUCAACACCCAACACACCGGAUCAUAUCGUUUCAUCCCACUAUCCCGACUCAGAGAAUUAUCAACAACAUCCAAAUCCAUUUACUACAAUAACAACACCAACACCGACAGCCACACCAACCGGUGGACCUAUGAAUAACAAUCAGAAUAUAUUAACAUCGAAUCUAUAUAGUGGUACACAUGAUCCCGUACAUUCAUCAUUAUCAAGUUCUGCAUCCAAUGAAAUUGGAAAUUCGCAAUUUUACAUUGAUUCGAACCACGAAUAUGUCUACGAUAAUGACAAAUCAAAUCGAAAACAUGAAGGAAACGUUCCAGUUGACGGGUUAGUCAUUCACGAUAGUGAAAAAUCUCCAUCAUUCAAACGACGAUACACCGAUGAGUCAAAUCAGGAGUUCAAUGAUCAAAAAUCCGAUCAUUCCAAUGAUGAACGACAUACCAGUGGCAUAACCAAACGAAAUACAUCCAAUACCAGCAACGAAUAUCAACAAUUGAAUAUCAAACUCGAAUCAAUGCAAAAAACUCUUGAGCGUUACGAAACGAAGUUUAAUGAUAUGCAAAAACAAAUCGAUUCCUUAGCAUUGAGCAUCGAUACUCAACAUGAUCAGAACGGUCGGCUGAACAUCGAACUAACUGAUCUAACAGAUUUACAUCAAAUCGAGAUGUCAUCAGUGAAAACUGAUUUGAAAAACCUAGAAGAACGAUUACUCUAUAAGUUUAAUGAUUAUUGGAAUGAAUUGCUGGAAAAGUUAGAUAAACUUGAUACUAGGCGGCAUGAUGUUGAUAUCGAUUUCGGAUUCUUUGCACAUCCACGGCAAAAUAAACUUGUCAAUAUUCUCUUGACUGUUUUCGCAAUUAUCCUUCUUAUUCUAUCUACAAUCAAAAAUCUUGUACAAUCACGAAUUCAUGCCAUGACUAUUUUGAUACUUGCUGUUGCAUGGAUAACAUUUCGUUAUUUACCUCCGAAUUACUUUCAAACACCAUUUUUAAAAAAUUUACUCAAUGGAUUCAAACGAACAGCACGAAAUUCUACUUCCGAGUGA